AAUUGGCAGGCCACAGAGAGAAGACACAUUAAGAAAUUACAGGCGCCUGCACUUUCCUCGUUUUCCGUUACACUCGUAAGGCUCGUCCCACCCCGAACCUAAGCUUCGGAUUCCCAUUCCCCUCCAAAGCUACAAAUUUAAACGCCUCGGUUCGCGUCACUUACUGUUCUUUCGCUCUGCAAAAUCCCGACACGCCCUCGUAUCGCUCCAUCAAACGCAUAGAGAUCUAAUGGCCGAGCACGAAGGGACGCUGAUGGAGAAGAUGGCCGAGAAGAUCCACGGCGAUUCCUCCUCAUCCUCCUCCGAUUCUGACGACGACAAGCCCUCUCACGCUGACGCUCACAAAUCUAAAGUUUAUCGCCUCUUUGGCAGAGAGAAGCCUCUUCAUCAAGUCUUAGGCGCUGGAAAACCCGCUGAUGUUUUGCUAUGGAGGAACAAGAAAAUUUCUGGGAGUGUGCUUGGUAGUGCAACAGCGUUGUGGUUUCUCUUUGAAAUGCUUGAAUACCAUCUAAUCACUCUUGUUUGCCAUAUAUUGAUAAUCCUUCUAUCAAUCCUUUUCCUCUGGUCUAAUGCCUCUAACUUCAUCAAUGAGUCUCCACCAAACAUCCCGGAAGUCUUACUUCCUGAAAAAUGUGUCCUUGAAGUUGCAUCUGCUCUGAGAAUUGAAAUUAACCGAGCUCUUGAUGUUGUGCGGGACGUUGCAUCUGGAAAAGAUUUGAAGACGUUUCUUGGUGUCAUUGCUGGAUUAUGGAUUCUGUCAGUUGUGGGAAGUUGUUUUAACUUCUUGACAUUGAUCUACAUAGUAUUUGUUCUGCUUCACACUGUGCCGGUGUUUUAUGAGAAAUACGAGGACAAGGUCGAUUCAUUUUCUGAGAAGGCAAUAGUUGAGAUCAAGAAGCAGUAUGCAGUAUUUGAUGAGAAGGUUCUGAGUAAGAUUCUUAAAGGGCCAUUGAAAGGGAAGAAGAAAGAUUAAACGACAUUAGGUCAUUAGGUUUUUGCUGAAAUCAAUUACUAUGGCACCGUGACCUAUCCUCUGAGUCCCCGUUUCUACUUUAUGUUUUAGCUGCACGCAUCCUCAUUGAAUAUGGUUUUCAAUGAUGCUUAGUUUUAGAUCACAUGCGUUUGCUUCUUUAUUUUUUAAUCUAUUGACGCCAGCAUUGAAUUCUUGGCGGUUAGAAUAUGUUAUUUUACCUUGAUCUUUACAUCUUGUACUGAUUUUAAGAAUUACAAGAAGUUUUCGCAGAUAAUUUGUCUGGAAUUAUAAUUACAUAUAAGUAUGC